UAGACAGGGGUGUGGGGCUGGCUACAUGGAGCUGUGUGGGAGUGGGGGCCGGGUAGUUCUGCCUCCCCCCGGCUCUCACUGCCAUUUCCUGCCCUGCGCCUGUCUCCGCAUCAGAGCCCACAGCUCGUCCGCUGGUCACUCCCCCAACCCGUUUCCUGCCCCCAGACCAUUUCCUGCCCCCAGGGACUCUGAGCUCAGAGCCGCGUGCUGGGCCCCACAGAGCCAGCUGGGCGUGGGGCAGGGGGCAGCGGGAGCCGGCCCCAUGGGGGGAGCUGUCGUGCCAGGCUGGUUGCAAACUCAGGAAGGCGCCGCUGCUCCCCCCGCCGGGCAUCGCGUCGCCAGGGCCGGGGGCUGCAUGUGGGGUGGGUGCUCGGCCGCCAGGCGCCUGCUGCUCUGGGCCACUCUCCUGUGGCUGGCGGGCGGCUCCCGGCAGCGCGGUCGCUGCCUGGGGGGCUCUGAGUUCUGGGUGCAGCAGCGCCCCCCGUGGGCAGCCCGGCCGGAGGGGGCGUCCCUGGAGAUGAGCUGCACUGUGGAACCCCCCCCGCCGCCCGGGGCCCUCAGGGCCAGCUGGCACCGGGGCCACCUGGCGACGGGGCUGGGCCAGGCCCGGCUGGAGAACGGCUCCACCAGCGUCCUGAGCAUCCGGGCCCUGCGGGGCAACGACUCGGGCGUCUAUCGCUGCCACCUCGUCCUGCUGCUCUCGGGGCAGCCCUGUCUGCUGCUGGGGUCUGGGACCCACCUCGUCGUCACAGGUCCCCCUGCUCAGAACACGACCCGGCCCGGUCUGCAGGGGAACACAACCCAGUCUGAGCCCGGACAUCGAACGCUGUCCCCACAUCACUGGACCAUCCGGCUGCUGGUGCUGGGAGCAGGAAUCAUUCUCACGGCUGCCGUUGUGCUUUGUCUGCACAGGAGGCGGGGAAGGGAGAACCGGGAAUGAAACCCAUGGCACUCGGCUCCUUUAGGAACUCGAAUAAUUUCUGCAGGGCUGAAAGGAGCCUCGUUCAGAGCUGAAAUGGCACUUUCAACCCUGGAUCCCUCCUGCCCUGUCACCUUCUACUCCUGGGGGGAAUUCUGUGCCACUGCGCGCAUAAUUCAUGUGCUGUGCAUAAUUUCCCGACCCCGCAGAAAAUAACUUCUGCAGGAAAGUUGCUGCAGUUCCACCUUUUGCCCACUAGGGGCCCCUGUGGCUCUAGAACAGAGCAGGGCCACGUGGGGGAAGGGAGGUGGCUGAGUUGGGGCACAGAGACACGUGGGGACAGUGCGAAGGGGCUGCAGGGAUACAGACAAUGUGGCAUUAGCUCUGCCUAGCCUGCUUGAUGGCCCAUUAACGCCCAUCAGCUACAACUGACCCAUUGAGAGAAGCAGAUACACCUGGUGACUCAGCAAGGCAGGGACAGGCCUAUGGACAGAGCUCUGAGGUUUUCCAGGCCAUGUGCUGGAUCGGUGUCUUUGGGACAAAGAAAGCAGAGACCACAUGGCAAGAGACUAUAAAAGGCUGAUGCCUCAUCUCCAUCUUGUCUUCAAUCCUGCUUCAUACCUCUGGAGGGAUUUUGCUACAAACUGAAGCUCUGAACA